CCGCCAUGCUGCUGCCCGUGCUGCUGCUCCGCCUUCUUGGCCUGGCCACCACUGAACCCGCCAUUUACUUCAAGGAGCAGUUUCUGGACGGAGACGGGUGGACUGAGCGCUGGAUCGAAUCCAAACACAAAUCGGAUUUUGGCAAAUUCGUUCUCAGUUCCGGCAAGUUCUAUGGUGACCAGGAGAAAGAUAAAGGGCUGCAGACAAGCCAGGGUGCCCGGUUUUACACUCUGUCAGCCAGAUUCGAGCCCUUCAGCAAUAACGGUCAUACACUGGUGGUGCAGUUCACCAUGAAACGCAAACGGAACGUCGACUGUGGGGGCGGCUGCAUGAAGCUAUUUCCAGAUGGUCUGGACCAGACAGACCUGCGUGGAGACUCCAAAUACAACAUCAUGUUUGGCCCAGACAUCUGUGGCCCUGGCACCAAGAAGGUUCAUAUCAUCUUCAACUACAAGGGCAAGAACGUGCUGAUCAAGGAUAUCCGUUGCAAAGACGAUGAAUUCACACACUUUUACAUGCUGAUUGUGUGGCCUGAUAAUACCUAUGAGGUAAAGAUUGACAACAGCCAGGUGGAGUCAGGCUCCUUGGAGGAUGAUUGGGAUUUCUUGCCCCCCAAGAAGAUAAAGGAUCCUGAUGCUGCAAAGCCUGAAGACUGGGACGAGCGAGCCAAGAUUGAUGACCCUACAGACUCCAAGCCUGAGGACUGGGACAAGCCAGAGCACAUUCCUGACCCUGAUGCUAAGAAGCCCAAGGACUAGGAUGAAGAGAUGGAUGGAGAAUGGGAACGAACAGUGAUUCAGAACCCAGAGUACAAGGGUGAGUGGAAGCCCCAGCAGAUUGGCAACCCAGAUUACAAGAGCAUUUGGAUCCACCCAGAGAUUGACAGCCCCAAGUAUUCCCCUGAUAGCAACAUCUAUGCCUAUGAAAACUUCGCUGUACUGGGCUUGGAUCUCUGGCAGGUCAAGUCUGGCACCAUCUUUGACAACUUCCUCAUCACCAACAAUGAGGCAUAUGCUGAGGAGUUUGGCAGUGAGACAUGGGGUGUUAUGAAGGUAGCAGAAAAGCAAAUGAAGGACAAGGAAGACGAAGAGCAGAGGCUAAAGGAGGAAGAGGAGAAGCGCAAGGAAGAUGAGGAGGACAAGGAUGAGGAGGAGGAGGAGGAGGAGGACGAGGACGAGGACGAGGACGAGGAUGAGCUGUAG